GGGCUCCCGGAGCCCAACCCCCUAGCCGGUCAGCGCCGGCUAUAAUUAGUCGGGUGGAGCCGCUGACCCGAUUGAGGGGCAAGUUUCCUCUGUCACAGGGUCCAAAGCGAAGCGGAGAAGGUUCAAGGGAGAGCCAGGAGGAACGCUGGUGUCUAGGGAGGCAAAACAGCGAACCUGGACGAUGAGCGUCUCGGACUCCUCACAUCGUCCUUCGGACCCUGGGAGCGUCUCUGCUCCCGCCCAGAAGGAUCGCCUUGACCUACCUUUGCCCUACCCGAGAACCCCCUCCUGGCCACCUUCCCCAGAUGAGGAUACCAGUUUGCCCCCCUUUCCUUUGGAAGAGCCUGUCCCCAGGCCCAUGGCCCCAGGGAGCCUUCCCUCUCCAGUCUUGUCCCUUGAGGAAGAAGAGGAGGAAGACGACCAAGACGAACAAGACGCGGCAGAGCCCGAGGAGCUGCGCAGCGAGGAGCAUCCCAGCCAGUUUUUCGCGGAGGCACAGCGGCUGCGGGAGCAGAGGUUGUUGUUGGACGAAGAGGUGUCAGUUGAGGGGCGAGUAUACGGGGUGCAUCGGGUAAUCUUGGCUGCAAUUAGCAGCCUCUUCCGUGACAGGCUGCUGGGUGGCAGAGGUCCACGACCUCCCCUCAGCCUGGACGUGGCCGCCGGGGCCUGGGAGGCCGUACUGACAUUUGCCUAUGAGGGGUUGCUGGGCCCUGCACGGCUGGGAGAUGUGCUGGUCGUGGCAGAGGCCCUGGGAGCGCCCCGGGUGAAGGCCGUGGCCCAGUGGAGAUGCAAAGGGGCUGGAAGCACCAGGGAAGAUGAAAAGCAGCCCAGCCAAGCAGAGGAGCUGAGGGAGAACCUGCGGAGCAUCGAGCUCCUAUACCAAGAGGGCAUCGGGUGUGACCUGGAGCUGGAGGCAGGCGGCUGCAGGCUGCGGGUGCACCGAGCAGCCCUGGCCUGUGGCAGCGAGUUCUUUGGUGCCAUGCUCCUGAGCGGGAUGAGGGAAUCCCAGGGCACAGAGGUGUCUCUGCACACUAUCUCUGCCCAGGACCUGCGACUCCUCGUCUCCUUCGCCUACUCCGGGGUUGUGCGGGCAAGGUGGCCAGGACUGCUGAGAGCUGCCCAGGCUGCUCUCCAGUACCAGAGCUCUUCCUGCCUUGCUCUGUGCCAGAGAGCCUUGGCUCGGGGCCUCAGCCCCGCACGUUGCCUGGCCCUGUUCCCCAUAGCGGAAGCCCCGGGCUUAGAGAGGCUCUGGAGCAAAGCCCGUCACUACCUCCUCACCCACCUGCCUGCUGUGGCUUUGUGCCCCACUUUCCCUUCUCUACCGGCUGCCUGCCUGGCUGAGCUCCUGGAUAGCGACGAACUACACGUGCAAGAGGAGUUCGAGGCCUUCAUGGCUGCGUGGCGUUGGUUAGCUGCCAACCCUGAGACCCAGGAGUCAGAGGCCAAGGCCCUGCUUCGAUGUGUUCGCUUCGGCCGCAUGUCCACCAGAGAGCUGCGGAGGGUGCGGGCCGCGGGGCUGCCUCCACCCCUGACCGCGGACUUGCUGCAUCAGCUCCUGGUAGAGGCUGCCGUUCCAGGUCAAGAGCGGCGCAGGGAGCCUGACCAGGCACUGGUAGUGAUUGGCGGGGACGGGCUCAGAGCAGACAUGGCCAUAAGACAGCCGUCGCGAGGAGUGUGGUGGGCGCGCGCCUUCUGCUGCGGCACGGGACUGGUGCGAACGGUGGAGUGGGGGCGGCUGCCUGCCCUGCCUGCCCCGGGGCGCUUCCGGCACGGGGCUGCGAGCCUCGCAGGAAGUGAGCUCUACGUGUGUGGGGGACAGGAUUUCUACAGCCACUCCAACACCCUGGCUUCGACUCUCAGGUGGGGCCCCAGUCAAGAGGACUGGGAGGAGAUGGCGCCUUUGUGCCAGGCUCGGAGCUUUUUUCCCCUGGUGGCGCUGGACGGACUACUUUAUGCCCUGGGCGGCCGAAACGGUGGCGUCGCCCUCAACUCUGUGGAGACCUAUCACCCCGAGCUGAAUGUCUGGAGGCCGGCACCUGCUCUUCCAGCACCACGCUUUGCCCACGCAGCUGCGGUUCUGGAGGGCCGAUUGUACGUGAGCGGUGGCUGCAGCGGGGCUGGCCAAUACCUGGCCUCAUUGCUGCACUAUGACCCCAAACUUGAGAAGCCAGGGGUGCUUCUGAGCGCUAUGGGGGUACCUCGGGCUGGCCACGUCAUGGCCGCUCUGGGUGGACGGUUGUAUGUCGCGGGUGGGCUAGGUGAGACUGGGGACCUGCUGAGCUUCGAGGCCUAUGAACCAAGGACUGAUAGCUGGACUCACCUGGCACCCUUGCCCUCCCCCCAUGUGGGGGCCGCAGGGGCUGCGCUGCAGGGAGAGCUUCUGGUGCUGGGGGGCUACAGCCACCGUACUUACGCCCUCUCCCACCUUAUCCAUGCUUAUUCUCCCGGCCUGGGCCGAUGGCUCUGCCUGGGAACUCUGCCAAGGCCUCGGGCUGAGAUGCCUGCCUGCAUCCUGACCCUGCCCACUGUGCAGCACAUAGCUUUGGUUCCCACACGGCACCAAACCAAACCUGCUGGGUGAGUGGGGAGCGGUGGUGCAUGGAGGGAGGAAGGGAUGAGAAACGUCAUGAGAGAAGGACAGAGAUUAUGGGGGGAGAAAGAGAAGGCUUGAUUCAUGAUAGCGUCUUAUUCCAGCACAGUGUUUUACAACUCACAAACCGCUUUUGUAUAUAUGGUCUUCAUGGAGGAAAAGGUGGCUCCAGAAUUCCUGGAAAACGCUGUUGGAGAAGGGAAGGAGAGGAGGCCCAGGAACAACUCCACAAGGUGUAGGGACCCUGACACCAUUCUUGGUGGGGAAAGUGCAUUUGGCUGGGAAGACAGUCAAGACGCUCCAGUAGCCAAUGUGUAGGGGCCAAGAGAGGAGAGUCAGAAAAAUGAUGAUUCUGACCCAUGGAUCAAGAUGAAAAAUGUGGAAAGGCCAACCAUGAACUAUAUUCUUUCUCAGGUAACUUGCAGGCUCAGUCCAGCAUUGCCUCAGCCUGCAGCCCCUAAGAGCCUCUGGGUUUUCAUUCUGAGGCGGAAGUCCUUGCCUGGACCUGGCGCUGCACAGGGUGCCAGCUGAUGAGGCGCGCGUGCUGUGUGUGGGGAAGAUGAGGAGGGCGGAGGUGAAGGAGCCAGGCACCUGGAGUGGGGAAGGGAUGGCAUGAGGUUUGAGGGGUGGGGUGGAAGAAGCCAGAAGCCUGACUGGCUUCUUUCCUUCCCUUUGGGGUGUAGUCAAGGAUCAGGAAUGACAAUAGGACAGCUAUGGUGUGAGCUGCUAAGUUGUGAGAGGAAGUGGCAGAGAGAAAAGUGAGAGGCAGAGAAGACUCAGAAAAGUGGUUUUCCCCCUUUCUUUCCCUUUUCUCUAGAGUUUUAAAAAUCCAUUUCCCCCCCCCUUUUUUUUUUUUUUUUUUUGGCCAGGCGAAGUUAAAUCAGAUGCUUCCUCUCUUCCUUCUUCCACCCUGCUCUUCCUUCCUUUUCUUUCCCCCCUUCUUUCUUUUCUCCCUUCUCCCACACAGUGAUCAAUCACCCACUAGGUGCCAGCACUAAAUGAGGCUCUAAGGAUACAAAGAUCAGAGAGGUCCUGACCAGCGGGUAGACUUGUAAACUAAUGCAGGUUUUGUAGUGGACUUAGGGGUAUGGACACUUACCUUGUCGCUCUCACACCAGGCACUUAGAGGUAUGACAGCCCAGACACUGGAGGAGUGAACUCUGCCCAGGGAAGGCUCCUGUUAAGGAAGGCAUCAUCAAAUGGGUAUAGUUGGGGUUGGAUUUUGAAGACUACUUGGAAACUCACCAGUCAGAGCAGGAGGAAGGCACUCCAGUCAGAGAAAAGAAGUCAUGUCGUGCCCUGUGUCUCUAUAGCAAAGGGGAAGUCAGUAUUCCAGAGGAUUCUUUAGAGAAUUCUGCUGCUGUUACCAGCCCAUCUUUUACUCUGGAGCUUUUCUGAAGACGAUAGCUUUCGCUUAAUUGUAUAUUCCCUCCCUCCACAACUCCUCUAAGUCUUUCCUGCCUGGUAUUUCCAUUUCUGACCCCUGAGCAGCUCAGGGCAAAGAAGGGCCAGUUCUUUGUAUAGGUCAAUUUUCUAUUACCGUUGUUUGUUAAGAUUCUCAUAUUCCUAAGGGUGAGAUAAAGGAGACUCCUUUCUACGUUUCUUCAUCCUGGCCUAGAGGUGUUCACAUGCUUUAUUUUUUUGAGAUUUCAUUACUGAGUUCUUUUUUCCCCUAUAUCUCUGUUUCGGAGCAUAGAUGAAAAUGAGGAGGGAUAUAUAGGAUGUAUUUGAGAAAAGGGAAGAAAAAUUGAAGAACCAGGAAAGAAGGAAAUUGAAGGUACUGAGACACUAUGAAUAUGCAGUCUUUAAGAUUAACUUCUAUGAACAUGUUCUUUGUGGUUUGGAGGCAAAAACAGCCUUAAAUAAAGGUUUCAUCAUUGUUGAA